CUUCCUAAUACGACCUGUACUUUGUAAAACACAAUUUCUGUAGAAGAACACAACUCAACUUCUUUGAAAGUUGAAACUCUCCUUUAUAUAUAUAUAUAAAUACUCCACGCUAUUCCUAUUUCCCUCCACACACACACACACACACACACAAGCACACUCUCUCUCUCCUUCUCUCUUGAAUUCUCAGCUUUUUUUUUUUUUUUUGGGUUGGUUGGUUGGUAUUUGACGCUCAGGUCUGCCCAACCAUGGCAAGUUCGCUUGAAAUUGCAAAGAAGGCAAAAGAAGCCUUUGUGGACGACAGCUUCAAACUCGCCGUUGACCUCUUUUCUGAGGCCAUUGACUUGAGCCCUAACGACGCCAAUCUCUUCGCAGACCGGGCCCAGGCCCAUCUCAAACUCAACAAUCUCACUGAAGCGGCUGCCGAUGCAAGUAAGGCAAUUGAGAUUGAUCCUUCCAUGGCCAAGGCUUACCUUCGUAAAGGCACUGCCUGUAUGAAGCUUGGUGAAUAUCUUACUGCUAAGGAAGCCCUUGAGAUUGGUACAUCUUUGGCACAAAAUGAUUCAAGAUUCACGAAGAUGCUUAAAGAAUGUGAUCAGCAUUUGGCAGAUUUUCAACCAAGUACUGUACCUGCUUCUGCCUCUAAAUUGUCUGAUACAACUGCUGGAACUCUUGAAGAAUCUAAAAAAGGAUGUGGCAUGUCCCAGCAGAUUAGCACGAUUACAUCAGUCAGACCAAAAUACAGCCAUGGAUACUACCAGAAGCCGGAGGAAGUGGUUGUCACAAUUUAUGUGAAGGGCAUACCAGCAAACAACAUAGUUGUUGACUUUGGAGAACAGAUUCUGAGUGUCACAAUUGGCAUCCAUGAUGAAGAUGCUUAUUAUUUUCAGCCUCGAUUGUUUGGGAAGAUAAUACCUGAUAAGUGCAGAUAUGAAGUACUGUCGACUAAAGUUGAAAUCCGUCUUGCGAAAGCUGAAAUUAUCAACUGGCCAUCACUUGAAUAUAGCAAGGAAAUUGCAGUUACUCAAAAAGUGAAUGUGUUGUCAGUUGAAUCUCAAAGGCCUGCAUAUCCAUCUUCAAUGCCAAGAAAAAGAGAUUGGGAUAAGUUGGAAGCACAAGUGAAGCAAGAGGAGAAAGAAGAGAAGCUGGAUGGUGAUGCAGGUGUAAACAGGAUGUUCCAAGACAUAUACCUAAAUGCAGACGAGGACAUGAGGAGAGCUAUGAGCAAAUCUUUUAUGGAGUCCAAUGGGACAGUGCUGUCAACAGACUGGACUGAUGUGGGUUCAAAGAAGGUGGAAGCCACUGCACCUGACGGUAUGGAGUUGAAGAAAUGGGAGUAUUAAUGCCAAGCACCUGAGAUCACAGUGACAGCGAGAUCUAAUUUUUCUCUUUGAACACCAAUUUUGUUUUUUAUCAGCGUUUGUUUAUCAUUUGUUUUUUAAAUUUUCUAUUAGGUUCUAUUUGUCUAGGUUGUGACAACGAGCUUUAGUUCAAAUAGAGGUCAUAAGUUUAAACUUCAAAACCCAUUGGAUUCGUGUUGGCUAGAAAUGAGAAAAUUUUAAUUUUGUGGAACA